AUGCCGCUGAAAGCAUUCACCUAUCCGCUACCCGCGACCAGGUUUGUCCAUGCAGGAAGGACCGUCUACAAACUGAAGAUGCGUUACAGCUACCACAUCAAGGAGGACAUGGGGAUUGACAGAGAGCAAGUCAGGCAAGAAUUGGAGGAUGCUAUCCGUGCAGUACUUGGAAAUCUGGACAGGUUAAAACCAUUUACCACAGAGCACUUCACCAUCUUCCCAUAUAAAAAUGAAUGGGAAAGAUUUUCAGAACUUCAGUUUAAACAAGGUGACAAAAUCCUCAUCUCUUACCCGUACGUCUGUACCUUGUAUAUUGAAUUAAGGUCAGAUCCCCAGCAUUCGUUAGCAGCUGCAAAUGAAUGCCAUUUCGCUGAUUGUCGUCCUGUAGAAAAGCUGACGGAAAAGACGGCAGCAUUCCCAGGAACAAAAGACGCCAGUGAGGAGAAACCAGAGAGAUCACAUUUACGGUCGAACAGGAAAAGGAGUAAAAAUACCCUGAUGAAAAGCAUCAAUAAAGAAAACCUGGUCGGCUCUGGGACAAUGAGGGAAAAGCAGAGGAAGAAACGAGCAAAGACAUCUACCCAAGCAAAAUGUGAAACCACCCUGCAGCCUGGCUCAUGGGGUUCAGGUCAGCCUGGAAUCGCAGCACACAGCAGGAAUGAAGAUGGCGUGAAGGAACAAACCACCUCAGAUCAGAAACUGGGAUGUGAUGCACCACAGGCAGCCGCAGGAGGAAUGCUUCAAUUUUUACUCAGUGCUUUGUUUCCAUUCCAUUUGCUAUUUGCCAGGAGGCAGUCGAAAUAGCAGCUUCAGUCUGUCUCUCGAACGAUUAAGUCAGCGAGUAGCGACUUGCUAUCACACUCAGGAUUCCACGAUUCGCUGUGGCAUUGAAAGUGUUCAUUGUUCGACAAGAUGUUUACUGCUGUCAUAAGUUCUGCUCAGUAUGUUUGGAAAUGUAAUAACUGUGGUUUAAAGUUGUUAAGUGGGAUUGCCAGCAGCCUUGGGUCAUGUUUUAUUACUCUCUGACUGUCAAACAUGUUUGAUGUUGAAGGUGCAGGGUGCACUCCAGCAGGUUAUUUCAAUGUCACCAUCUCACAGCCAAGUUCCAUCUUAGUAUGGACCUAUCCAAUUCCCCCAGUGCUUCACUCUCACCAGGGGGCAGAAGGUUGGCUGAUUUAUUAAUCAACCUCUCUUACUAUCUCUGACAUAAGGGGCUGAAUUCCCACCCAACCACCAGUCUCUCGGUCCCUGUGACCCUUGGGGAAGGCAGCCUGGCUCCUGCCUACUUUAGCUCUCUCUCUCUCUCUCUCUCUCUCUUUCUGUGACACUGGAAACUGGAGACUGACUAAAUUCUAUCCCUUCCCCCAACCUCCCGGUCCUGCUGCAUCUGUCCCUGACUAUCCCCCUCUCUCUGUGACCCAGCAACACAGGGGAGCAGGACCCUGACUUUAACCAAGCCUCACGCUCCCUCUCCCCUUAUCACCGAAGCGUCCUGAGGCUAUUUCAACUGUUGACCUAGCAAACCUGCCAUAGGUCAGUAGGUGCCGUGGAUCAGAGGGGAUCGAACCCAUGACCUUUCCCAACUUGAAGCUCCAGUUAUUGUGCAGACAAGGUUGUCAUGUUGCAUUCAGGUUAUCACAGGCCAGAGGGACUGAGUAUCCAAAA